AAUAUCAGAUUACAGAUAAUCCGGGUACAACAAAAAUUUGAUCUCGAGCACAAAGCUUUAGAACAAACUUGAUUCUUACUGGGUUGGUGGAUAGAUUCGUUCCGAUCACUGAGUUUGGUGGAGUUGUGGAACCGUGUGGAUUGAUUUCUCCGAUUUGUUCUUUCAUCUUUGUUUUCUCCUAUCAAAUAAGCUGAGGUUUAUCCAGUAGUUUGUUCUUGCAGCGUUUCUUUGAGCAACCUAUAUCACCGGGUGUUGUGCAACCAAAAAAUGAUGCCUUUUUCUGGUUACAUGGAUUCAAAUCCUCUGAGAAAUCAAACGCCUUACCCUCAACAUUAUUUCCCUGGUUUUGAGGCUGUUCAACCUUAUUUCAAGGCCGAUCCGUCUCAAUCUUCAAUGAUGUAUGAAUCUUGGCCUUGUAGCAGCAGUUGCAGCAGGUACCCUGUUCCUUAUCAUGGUUGCUGCAGUCAUGGCAAUUUACCGGUUUCAAUAGUUACAGACCACCGUGUCCUCAUUUUGCAUCAUCCCCCGCAUUUCACCACUAUCCUAAUUAUCCCACAUUUCCUGAAUCUUAUCCGAUUUUGUGUUCUCCUCCACAUUAUUCUAAUGAGCAAUCUAGAUGGGAAUACGAUAAGGAUCCACACUCGAAACUACCAUUGCUGGGUGUCCUAAUCAUGUUCUCAACCAGAAAAAUUAUAGAAGUUUAAAGAUUGAAGAGCAGGAGAAUGAUGCCAAGGAAAAGGAAGAUGGUUCAGUGGCCAACUCAACCAAGAAGUUUCCCAUAUCCAAUUGUGUGGAUUCCACCCGAGUAUAUGAAAAGUGACAUGGGAAACAUAAUGAUCAGAAAGGGGCGAGUGACUCGGAUAAGGUACCUUUCGUCGAGAAGCCUCCCAAAAGUUCAAACCGCCUGAACAGCAGCCGAGGUUUGGAACGGCUGGUUUCCGCUUGACAUGAAUGGAUGCAAUCUUUGGAGCAGGGUGAAGGGGAGAAACAAUCUCAAAACCAACAGAAACAAGACCAAAAGAUGCAGAUGCCGUUACCUUCUUUUGGGUACCGAAUUCUGAUAGGAAGCAGGAAGCAGAUGAAAACCGAGAUAAACAAAGGAUUACAAACUGCUUCAUAUAAUUCAAAACAAGCCCCAUUCUCUGUUGAGUAUGUUCCAGUAGAACAUUCUGUCAGUGAUGCUAAAAUCGACAACCACAAUUGGUCAUGGAGAGCUCUCAGAACAAGAAUGCUGCUGAAACAAAGGGGAAGGGGAAAACAGUCAGUCAAAAAUGUGUUCCUGUUGAAGUGAAGGAAGGCAAGUCUGGAGGGACUGAAAAGAGAGGGCAGAGGUUAAGGAUGUAAGCGUGAAACGCGAUGAAGAUGCCCCGAAAGUUGAUCUUGGGUCUGUUACAAAAGAAAAUCUCCGUCCACUCCAAAAACAUCCAGCUACCUCCUGUUUGUCUGAGAGUUGAUCCCCUUCCAAAGAGGAAAACGGUAAUGGUAGUUCAAGGUCUCCUAGCCUCCAAAGGACAAUCAGAAGACAUAUUGACAAAGGCCUCCAUUACACCAGACAAGAAGAAGAAACUGCAGUAAAUACACAAAUAUCAGUAGUAGCCUUGACAAUAUGGAACUGAGGGAAAAGAAGACAAAAGAUAUUCCUGUGAUUGAACCAAGAUCGGAGGAGAACAAGGUUGGGGAAACUACCAGUGCGAAUCAGGAUCAGGUUUCAGGAAGCUUAUCUAUCACCUCCGUAGAAGUGUCAGGGCAGCCUACCGUAGAAAGAACAAAAAUAGAGAGUCAUGAAAGUAAAAGAGGAAACAAAAGCAAGUUUGAAGAAGUCGUGGGAGCUGAGAAGGAAGUUGGCAGCGACAAUGCUGCAAAUACAGUUGAAAUGGCUCAUGGUCAAUGCAAAGCAGAAAAAAAAGAAUGUCAGAUGCUGAAGCAGCCAAGCUCAUCCAAUCUGCCUUCCGUGGAUUCGAGGUAAGAAAAUGGGAACCAUUGAAGAAACUUAAGCAAAUUGCUGAUGUUAGUGAGCAGUUAAUGAGGUCAGAAAUCGCGUUGAAUCUCUUGAGUGUUCCUCUGUUUGCAACAAAGAUGAUAAGCGGCGACUAUUAAUAGAGAAAAAUUAAUGACUCUCCUUUACGACUGGAUACUAUUCAGGGCUCUGAUUCAAGUGUGAGAGAGGCAAGGAAAUCAUUAGUAAAAGAGCUAGUGACCCUGCAGGAAAAGCUCGAUGCUUUAGCAAGCAAGUGGGCCGAAGAAAAGAUUAAGGAUCUGGGUAGUGCUGAAUCUGCUGAUUCUAGUGGUCGAGCUUCUGGAAUUGUUAGCAUGGAAGAGGAAAGUGGAAAUGCAUCAGCUGCUUUUGAGGAUACUAGUGAAAAUGUAAACAUAAUUAAAGAAUCAGAUCAGGACUGCCUUAAUGUCAAAGAUGGAAAGGACGAGGAGACUACAAAGAUUCCUGGUGUCGAACAAGGCUUAGAUGAGAAAGUAGACAAUAAUACUGUGGAAGUCAGUAUCGAGCAUCAUACAGUGCCGAGAAUCGAGGUAGAUGUGCCACCCAACCUUGAGCAGGUGACUCACAUGUCAUCUGUUCCAGAGUUGAAGUUCGAGGCCGAUGAGUUGGUGGAGUGAAUGAUCUAUCAAAAGAGGAAAAACCUGAGGUGCUGGAAGUAAAUAACUCGGAAGAUGAAAAACUUGGUGAGCCUGGAAAGAAAUCAGAAAUAAUAAUAGCGAGACUGAAUCAGAUCUGCCAAUCAAUCCGUCUUUACCAGGUGAAGUAGAGAAUUUAAAGUGCACUCAGACAGACCAAGAGCCUGACUUGUUAAAAGAGUUGCCAGUUGGAGUUAUUGAUGAGGGACCAGUCAUUUCCAGAAUUGAUGAGCAUCCGAUUGAGGCAGUAUCAAACUACAGUGCAAAGGAUAAAAAGCGGAUGAAUUUACCAAUACCCAUGAGCCAGAAGUAGAGAUGGAGCAGAAGGUGGUCAACGAUGACAACAAAUUCGAAUCAGUCUUCAAACAGGAGGAUGCUCACUCAGCAACAGAUGAAGAAAAGGAACCGGUGGAAAUUCACUCAGCAACGGAGGAAAACAAUGACUACCUGCCGCAACAUGAGGAUGAUUCGGGCGUGAUACCUGCAGAUCACGUGGCAUCAUCAGAAUCAGAGGCAGGAAGCGAAGCAACUCAGGAGAAAGAAGUCCUCUUUGAGGAGACGAAAGCAGCAGAGCAGCCGGUAAGAACCGAGGGGAAAGAGGGAGAAGAUGCUCCUUCAGAAUCUAACGGAGAUCAUGACUUGGCCAAGGAUACAGAAGACGAGAAGCUGAUUGAAGAGAACAAGAAGCUGAAAGAAGUCAUGGAGAAACUCAUGGAAGCUGGAAGAGAUCAACUUAGCGCUAUGUCCAACCUAACUGAAAGAGUAAAAGAGCUUGAAGAAAAGUUGGCAAGGACCAAAAAGUCGAGCAAGGCUGGAAAUAGAAAAGUUAGAUAUGCACCCUCCUAUAAGAAGCUGGUAAAAGUAGGGCUUCUGAAGUUACAAAGUGAGCUUCCCACACGUUGGUUGAGUGAAGUUAUCAUCGUGAGGUUGAUGUUGUGUGUUGUGUAUUUUGAUGAAAUAAAAUCAAUAAUAUGGUUGCUUUUUUCUUGCAGUCUUGUUUAAGAUUAUGAUAGUAGG